AUGGCGAUGGGCGUUCCGGUACUCGAAGGUCUCGUCGUGCACACGAUCACGGCCAUGGUCCGCGUCGACGGCGUCCGCGGCCAGCUCGGGUCAGCGCGCGACGCGUACGUGUCCACAUAUCCAAACGGAGCGCACUGGCAGCACCUCGACGACCUCGCCGUCGUUAAUGCGUACGUGAGCGAAGUGCAGCGCGUCUACAACGCGAGGGCACGUCACACGUUUGCCCGCGCGACCAUGGACUUUGUUGUGGCCAACAGCAGCAGCGUCCCCAAGCACCGUCUCACGGUGGCACUUGGCGAGUGCUUGAACUACAACGCGGCCGUCACCGGCGCUCUUUCACGUGGCGCGUUUCGCGGUCGCCACCCCGUCGGCACGCUCGUGGUGUCGCCGCUCGACUUUGCUGUGGUCAUUGCGUCGCUACAAUCGUAUACGCUCGACGACGGAGUGAACCCGCUGCCGCUGGACUUGCUCACGACCGUCGGCUUCCAUUACGCACCAGGUGUGGUGCACAGCGGCAACAUGGAUGACGAUGCGUGGCGUCGGCUGCGACAGCCAAGCGCCAAGCUCUACAACAACUCGAUCGAGAGCCCCUUAUCGUCUGAUAAGCGCCUCGACUUUCUAACGCACUCGAUGAUCCAGCUGCUUUACGUACGCUUUGCGACGUGGGUGACACAAUCGGCCGCGGAACCCAUCACGAUUCCUGUCGACGACGAAGACGUAUCGAUUCCCAAGGUGCUCCUCGAUGGCGCCAAGCCUUUUCAAGACACGGUGCCGUUUGUCGACAACUUUGACGACUCGUGCGAGGACAUGAAGGGCUCUGUCCUGAGCGAGGUCGGACGCAUGUGGCCGCGCGUUCGCGUGCACGGGGACGACCGGUACUUGGACCGCGCGCUCGAGCUCUUCGUCUUUAACGGCCUCGGACAGCACAUGGUAACAAAGCUACCCGCCGCGCACAACGAUGGGUCGUACUACACAGUCACGACCAGUUUUCUUGAGACGGUCACCGGCGCCGACGCCUAUUUUGACAAAAAGGGCAAAGUCAUCAAGAUCGUCCGUCUUGGCAAGACGUUUUGGCCGGCCGAUGUGCAGUGGGAGUACGUAAAAAUGUGCUUUCGCUCGAGCGUUGCCAACAAGGUCACGGCUGUCGAUCACCUUAUUGGCCUCCACGUGACGACGGCGUCCCGCGAACAACUGCCUCCGACGCACCCACUCCGCCGCCUGAUCAAGCCCUUUACGUUCCGUGCCGAGGCCAUCAACUACGAAGCGUCCAAGCUCCUCUUUGCACCGAAGGGCAUUUUGCACCGCGCGCACCCGUACUCGGAAAAUGCUUGA